AUGUUCGGCGGCUGGUUGCUUGCACCAACCAUAUUGCUCAUAUUACUAUAUAGCUCUCUGUGCGUGAACCCCAACUGCUGCUACGCUUAUAAGUUACCCACGGGAAGAGUCAACACUCGGGUAUUUAACCCAUGUGUGCAAUUAAGACAAAGGAAAAGUUCCCUCGUUCGAGGGAACUACGAUGGUAGGAAUAAUUUCUUGGCAGCUAAAAGGACGGUUAGCAUUUCUUAUGGGGAUAUACUUGGGAGAGUUGACCUCUUGGGUUCCCCAUCGGGGCGGAGUAAAUCCCGUGGUUGGAAUACGGCACGUAGUUUUAGCGAAAGAGUAGCGGUGACACAGGCGAAGUGGCAGAUCGGGAACACCAACUGGGGAAGUGUGAGAAAAAAAAAAAAUACAUACCUGUUCCUGUUUAGGAGUGACUAUAGUGAAUACCCACCCACUGGGCGAAAGGCCAAGGGACGGAAUUCCGCCAUCUGUGCAAGACCUCCAAAAAAAGUCGAGCGCAACAGCAAGGAGGAAGCAAAUCCCACUGGGGACGGAGGAGUAGUUAAAAGUGAAAGCGUUACAGAUGCCGAAGUAAUAACUCCCCAGGGGGAAAACAACAAAAAGAGGAAGUACGCCAAAGUGAAAGACGAAAAAAAAAAAAAAGAAAAUUUGCCAAACGAUCAUGGAGAGCAGUUCACUGGGGUGGACACCUCUUUGGAGAAAAAGGAUGCGAAGCGGGCGAAAGGCGUGACAAAGCUUGGCAAUAAGGUAAUACGUGGUGAGACCAGUGAUCCGACGGAGGCAAUGAAAGAUGAUUCGUUUAGAAGAAGCACCAACCCAGUGAGGAGUAACCAAAGGAUUAAGAAUGAACCGGUGCACACCACUGAUCGUGCGAGUGCCCACGGCGUACAUGGACAAACCGUACCAGCGUCGUAUUACCAAAAGAGGGGAAACGAAAAGGGGGCAAGUUACAAAGACAACCAACAAAAGAGCGGCACAACCGAUGCAUACAGAUACCCCCUCCUAAAGGAGAGCCAUUCUAAAUUGAGAACCCCCGAGGGAGACACGCCCAGUGAAGACAACAUCGGGAAAACCUUCGAAGGGGAAGUAUACUCAGUCAGUCCGAAUGCAGUUCUAGUGAAAAUAAAAAAUACAAACCUUUUUGGAAUGCUGUUUAAAAAGAGAUGUAACUUUGGAGACGAUGUGGCAGAUCUAAAUGAGUACUUCAAACUGAAGCAGAAAAUUUUCGUAAAAGUUUUAGGAAUAAAUACAAAAAAAAAAUUGUACUACUUAGGGAACAUAAUUAAAUACAAUCCAGAUGUGGAGUUGAAAAAAGGAGACACGUCAAAGGGGUUGAUCACCAAGUUGUGCGAGGCGUACAUAUUUGUUAAGGUUCUGAAAAAUGGCAGCACUGGGUAUCUGCACAGGUCGAAAUUGUUUCCCCCAUUUGUACCACCUGUGGGGGAGAAGCAGACGGGGAGACAUAACCACAGGUGGAACGACUUAUUAAAAAGGACACAAUUCACACAGCUGUUUAAAAUAUGGGAUAUUAUAGACGUCGAAAUUUAUGAGAAGCCGGAUGAAAACUUUAAGUCCAAUUUUAUAUUAACCAUCCCGGAGGAGUCCAAGACGUUUGGUAAAGUGCUUGCCUAUUUUGACUCCCUGUCGGAGGGGCUUCCACAUGAAGGGGAAGUGAAUCAGGUAGGAGGUGACGCAUUAGUGAAUCAAGCAGGGGCGGACCUAUUAGUGAAUGAAGGGGGGAGUAUCCCGUUGGAGGAUCCCUCCGGUGGGGAUGCAGCAGACCACAGGAAGAGGAGAAGUAGAACAAGUCCAUCAAAGGAGGGACAUCAUACGGAUAAAACUCGUGAUGAACAGAGGAGCACCCCCCCCCGUGGGUACCCUUUUUUAAAAAAAAACAAAGAGGCACUCCAUAAGGAUAAAGCAUCCACGAAGGUGUGCCGGGUGCCCGAAAAUGCAAGCUUGUCCGUUUUUGCGAAAAUUACAAAAAUAUCUUUAUCCUCGUUGAAAAAAUUUUUUAUAAUUAACGAGAGUAGGGAGUACCAUUCGGGGCAUCCACUCAGUGCGGAUCAGAUGAAAAAAGCGAGUGAUCAUUUUAACGUCAGCUGUGUCAUCGACGUUGGUGGGGGCGACCUAGUGGAAGACGCCCAAAAGGUGGAAGCAAUUACCCAAGAUGUUUGCCCAACGGUGGAAAGCAGCGGUGGAGACAACGUGGGAGUUACUCUGGAAAGCUCCCCCGGGAAGGAAAACAACAACGAAAAGGAGGAAGUUCAAAACGGUGUGAAGGCAAACUCCAAUGGGGAAAUCAAAGUGGGGAUAAACAAUAGCCGUGUGGCAAACAAACCACGUAUUGCUUCCCCCACGGAGGAACCAACCGAGAAAAGUAAAAAGCGAAACAUUGUGGUUACCUUCAUCGGGCACAUCAACCACGGAAAAACGUCGCUCUUCGAUUAUAUAUGUAAAACGAAGGAGAGGGACAAGGAAAAGGGACUCAUAACCCAAAAUAUAAGAGCCUUCAAAGUGAAGUCGAAAAACAAUGAUUUCACAUUUACACUGAUUGAUACGCCAGGACAUGAAGCUUUUAUGCCCAUUCGAAGCAGAGGAGUGAAGAUAUCAGACCUGAGCAUUUUAGUAAUUUCCGGAGAGGAAGGAAUACAAGAACAGACAGUGGAAUGUAUAAAGCUGAUUAAAGAGCAUAACAUCCGAAUUGUAAUCGCAGUUACGAAGAUGGACUUGCCUAACGUAUCGGUGGAUAGAAUUGUUAACGACCUAGUGUAUCAUGAAAUAUAUACCGAAAUGAAUGGUGGAGAUGUGCAGGUGGUUCCUUGUUCGAUUUUCAAUGCUGAUACCAUGGAUAAGCUAGUAGAUGCAGUAUAUUUAGAGUCCGCAUUUUUGGAGUUACCAUUAGAGGAGAAUAAAAAUGGCCAGGGAGUUAUCCUAGAUUCUUACGUUGAUAAAAAUGGAAUCGUGUCCAUUAAUUUGGUCCAGAGUGGAACCCUCCGAGUGAAUGAUUAUUUCUACACAGGAUCAUCCUACGGAAAGGUGAAAAUGAUGAAGGAUCACCUGAACAAGAAGGUAAACUUUGCAUGCGCCUCCGACCCGGUCAUGGUGGUAGGUUAUGAGAAGAAUUCCGUGCCUGUUGCAGGAGACAGAUUUUAUGUCGUACAGAAUGAGGCAGUCGCGGAAGAAAUUGCGCAGCACCACAGGAGUGAAUUGCUGACUUCACAAAUGCGGGGGUUUAACUACGGGCCGGAGGAAGGAAGCCUGGAUCGCUACCGGGAGUACAUCAUUAAGGAGGACGCCGUUACUACCCCCCAUGAGGAACCAAAAAAGGAUGGUCAAAACAACCCAGGGUUUGAAAAAAACACAACGGAGGGAGACUCCCCCCAAAUGGAAGAUAACCCUGGAGAGACCCCCACAGAAGAAAGCAACAACGAAAGGGAGGAUAACACUUUUCGAGAAAAAGACCUCAAAACAGUGUAUGUGAAUUACUUCGUCAAAUGUGAUAAACAGGGGACGAUUGAUGUUUUAAAAAAUUGCCUCCAAAAGUUAGAGGUCAUGGAUACACUGCACCGAGUUAGAAACAAAAUUGUCUACUCCAGCAUCGGAGACAUAACCGCCAGUGACAUUACUUAUGCUCAAAGUUUCGACGCCAUUAUUAUUGGGUUUAACGUUAAGCUUUCAAAAAGUUGCCCCAAAAAUGUAAAACAUCUGUUGAACGCUGCAAAAUCCAGCAGCCGAAUUAUUUAUGUGAAUGUUUUGUACGAUCUGAUUGACCAGGUGGAAAAGGUAAUGAAGGAGAAACUGAGUUCCAAGCCGAAAGGCACAUACAAAGGGAAAGCAACCAUUUUAAAAGUUUUUAAUGUGUCUAAACUGGGCAAGGUGGCCGGGUGUGUGGUCAACAGUGGAACCGUUAACAAUCAGAACAAUGUGAGAAUUUUGAGGAACGACCAAGUUAUCCACAUUGGAAAGAUUGUAUCUCUUAAGAUUGGCAAGGAGGAGAAGGAGCAAGUUAAACAGGGCGAAGAGUGCGGCAUGGGCUUUGAGGACUUCGUGGAUUUUCUCCCGGGGGAUACGGUCGAGUCGUACGAGGAGUAG